AUGGCAGCUGUCAUUCGAGAUGCCCCCUUCGGGCAACUAGUUCGUUAUUUGACGAAAAACAAAUACUUCCAAUAUCCUGAAGAGAAGCCCGGCUUUGAACUGCCCGAGACGUGGCUUCAAUUAUUGAACGAGUUGGACACUGCAAAGGGGCCUGAUCCAGAGAAGGACGAACCGCAACGGGAGCCGCGAAGUCACGACGCGAGCAGUGAAACUAUCAGUCGUGCCUCGACCCAACACACCCUCCCCUUCACAGAAGCCCGGCUCCAAGCUGAUGAGCAACAAGAAAUUGAGAAAGUCAAGUCUAUUCCGAUCCAACCCAAAAAGACUAAGGACGGUGCCAUCCUAGUCGACUGGUACUAUACCGAUGACAACGAGAAUCCCCACAACUGGUCGAAUACCAAGCGCGCUCUUCUGGCUACACUUAUUUGUCUCUAUACAUUCGUGGUCUACACUACCUCGGCCAUCUAUACAUCCUCUGUGCCGGGUAUCAUGCAGCAAUUCGGGGUGAGUGACUUGCUUGCCACCUUGGGGCUGUCGCUGUAUGUGCUUGGGUAUGGUACUGGGCCGUUGAUCUUCUCCCCCCUGAGUGAGAUUCCCGUCAUUGGACGCAACCCCGUUUAUAUUGUGACUAUGUUCCUUUUCGUCAUCAUCUCUAUCCCGACUGCAUUUGUGGGCAACUUCCCGGGCCUCAUGGUGCUCCGGUUCCUUCAAGGGUUCUUCGGUUCGCCAUGUCUCGCUUCCGGGGGCGCUUCGAUUGGCGACAUGUAUAGCCUCAUGUCUCUGCCCUAUGCCAUGAUGGCUUGGGUCUCUGCCGCCUACUGUGGACCCGCCCUUGGUCCGCUCCUCAGUGGCUUUGCUGUCCCCGUCAAGGGCUGGCGCUGGUCCCUGUUUGAGUCUAUCUGGGCCUCUGCCCCGGUGUUCGUCCUGAUGUUCCUCUUCCUCCCCGAGACCAGCACCGCAACCAUCCUGCUCCGUCGGGCGGAGCGCCUUCGCAAGAUCCACAACAAUGACCGCUUCAUGUCUCAAUCGGAGAUCGACCAACGCAAUAUGAAGGUCUCUGACAUUGCAGUCGACGCCCUGAUCAAGCCACUGGAAAUCACCAUCAAGGACCCCGCUGUGCUUUUUGUCCAGAUCUAUACUGCCAUUAUCUACGGGAUCUACUACUCUUUCUUCGAGGUGUUCCCCCUGGUGUACCCGGUUUAUUACAACAUGAACCUGGGCCAAAUUGGUCUAGUUUUCCUGUGUAUCCUGGUGUCGUGCCUUAUUGGCAUCGCCAUUUACUUCUCCUACCUCUACUUCUGGAUGAAUCCCCGCAUUGCGCGCUUUGGAUUCCCCGCUCAGGAAGAACGCCUCAUUCCCGCUCUACCCGCCUCUAUCGGCCCCACGGUUGGUCUGUUCCUCUUUGCCUGGACAGCCCGUGCCUCUAUUCACUGGAUUGUGCCCACGAUCGGCAUUACGAUUUACGGCGCCACAGUCUUCAUCGUCAUGCAGUGCGUGUUUGUCUACAUCCCGUUGAGCUACCCGAUGUAUGCAGCCAGUCUGUUUGCGGCAAAUGAUUUCUUCCGCAGUGCCCUGGCUUGUGGUAGUGUCUUGUUUGCUCACCCACUGUUUGGUAACCUGGGCGUUGCGCGGGGCACCAGUCUCCUUGGUGGACUGAGUGUCAUUGGCAUUAUUGGUAUCUGGCUGCUCUAUUUCUAUGGUGCUCGGCUUCGUGCACUGAGUAAGUUUGCUCUCUCGGAGUGA